AUGACAUUCGGGGCGGUCUGCUCCCCUAGCAGCAGCGCCCAGUUCGUGAAAAACCUAAACGCCGAGCGUUUCAAGGGGGACUACCCAGCGGCCGUUGAAGUGAUCCAGAAACGCCACUACGUUGAUAACAAUGCUAACAACGCACAGCAAGUAAAAGAGAUACACGCUGCUGGCGGCUUUGAAAUCCGUAAUUGGAUCAGCAACUCCAAACGCGUCGGUGAUGCUUUAGAAGAGAAAAACACCGAAGAAAAGAACCUCGACCUUUCACCGGAACUAGCAACGGAGAAGGUUCUCGGUAUGUGGUGGUGCACCAACGUAGACACCUUUACCUACAAGGUUGGAUGGGAUCGAUAUGGGCGAGCGCUACUGCAGGGCCAACGUCGCCCAACAAAACGACAAAUGCUGCGUGUACUCAUGUCCGUAUUUGAUCCGCUUGGGAUUAGAGCCCAAUUUUUAAUGCACCUGAAAAUUCUGCUACAAGAAGUCUGGCGUUCGGGCAUCGGCUGGGAUGAUCAAGUCGAUGAAACCAUUUUCGAAAGAUGGCAAACCUGGCUCAACGUUCUUCCAUCAAUUGAAAUGAUAAGCAUAUCACGGUGCUACGUCAGCAGAAAUAGUAUUCACCACGGUGAUGUGCAGCUCCACACGUUUGUGGAUGCUAGUAAAAACGGUAUAGCGGCCGCAUGCUACCUUCGGUUCAACCAUGAGGACGUCGUGGAAUGCAAUAUAGUUGCCGCAAAAACCAAAGUCGCGCCGUUGAAAUAUCUCUCUAUUGCCCGACUGGAGCUUCAAGCGGCAUUGAUUGGAUCUCGCCUGGCUCGAACACUCUCCGAAGCUCUCAUGGUCCACAUUACCCAUCGAGUCUUCUGGUCUGACUCCCAAGAUGUCCUGUGCUGGAUCAGAUCGGGUCACCGCCGUUACUCACCAUUGGUAGCGUUUCGGGUUAGCGAAAUUCUCGAGCUGACGGAUAUGACUGAAUGGUGGUAUGUUCCCACCGAUUUGAACGUUGCGGAUGAUGGCACAAAAUGGAAAGGACUUCCAAAUCUGAAACCUCAAGCCUGGUUCAACGGCCUACAAUUUCUCUAUCUCGCAGAAGAUCAUUGGCCACGCGCAUCGAAAGGCUCACGAACCACCGACCUCGAACUCCGUCCUAGUGCACACUUCACCGCAUACGAUCCCAUCGUACAAGUGAACGACUUCUCCAAUUGGGGUCGAUUAAACCACGAGACCGUAAUCAACGAAAUUCGACAGAAAUACAGUAUUCCGAAGCUCCGCACAGCCUUAACCAACGUCCGAUUUAACUGCCAACGCUGUAAGAACCACCGAGUCGAUCCAAAAGUGCCAAUCGUGGCAGAUCUACCAGCAGCUCGACUACAUGCCUUCGCACGCCCCUUCACCCAUGUCGACGUGGAUUUUUUCAGACCAUACGAGACUGUCGUCGGUCGCCGAACAGAUAAGUGUUGGGGUAUGAUGGCCACUUGA